UUUCAUCUUAAAAGGGGGAAGAGGUGGUGACUCAUGUAUUUAAACAACAGUUUCUCUGCAACUUCCAAAUUUCCGGACGUGUUUACCUCUAGAAAUUUCGCCGUAUUGACUGGCCUGAGCACCUGGAUGAGUUAAUUGUAAAAGGCAGUUGACAUUUAUACUUUGUUUAACGGGAAAACUACUGCCACUUUCUGCCUGAACACAUGAAUGAACAGCAUAUUAUUAGCCUGGAGGCAAAUUAAUAAUUAUAAAGCACCGUGUGGAUCUAUUUUCAAGGCGGACGGAGACACAAGCUAUAGCGGCGGAAGGAUCCCACUGAAAUUAGUCCCAGAUGCGGAUGGUUACAUUGGUCAGAUCAGUCAGGUGCAGGUGCUGCUGGUGGCUCUGUUUUCCUCGGUGCUGCUGGUCCGGGUCAGCGGCGCUCCACGCAGAGACAUGCUGACGGAAAUGCUGAGAGCAGACCUCGCCAAGGACAAGGAUCUCACCCAGUUGCUCUUCCUCAAGUUUGUGUCUGAUCUGGUUGCGGCGAGAGAAAACGAGAUGCUCCCAGAGUUGGAGGAGGAUGAGCUGGGAGCCAGGGAGGAGGUGAUGCGCCGACACCUUCCCCUCUCCCAGAGAGAGCGCAAGGCAGGCUGCCGCAACUUCUUUUGGAAGACGUUCACCUCAUGUUAGCACAAGAGCUGGGGUAUUUCUAUGUCCAGUAUGUAAAGACUCUCCUUGUUAUUUUGUGUUGUACAUCACUUUUCUCAAAGGUGUUAAAUGUAACUGGCUUAUUUUGGAUGCCAAGUAAGAUAUGCACGUGAACUGGUUACUGUAGACUAAUACCAGACUGUGUGAUUUGUGUGUAAAU